UGCUUCCGGGGCGGGCGGACUCUGGGCGCCUGGUGCCGGCGGCCGCAGCGACAGCGCCCCCGGGAAAGCGCAGGAGGAAGCAGGGACGAGUGGAGGUGCCGCAGGCUGAGUCGCGGCCGGGAUGUCCGGGCAGCAGCCGCCGCCGCCUCCGCCGCCGCAACAGCAGCCGCCGCCGCCGCCGCCCGCCGCCGGGGCCCCGGGCUCCGGAGUCGCCCUGCCCGCGGCCGCCAGCGCCGGCUCCUCCCCGGCUGGCUCUCCCGGCGGAGGCUUAGGGGCCGCGGCGGCCGCCCUGCUGCUCCACCCGCCGCCGCCGCCGCCCCCGCCCCCGUCCACCGCCGCUCCGCCGCCCCCCGCCUCGGCGGCCGCCCCCGCCAGCGCGCCGCCCGGGCUGGCCGCGGGCUCCGGUUCGGCCGCAGGCGUCCCGGUCCCGGGCCUAGCGGCGAGUAGCAGCGCCGCGGCCCCUUUCCCGCACGGCGACUCGGCCCUCAACGAGCAGGAGAAGGAACUGCAGCGGCGACUGAAGCGCCUCUACCCGGCGGUGGACGAGCAGGAGACGCCGCUGCCCCGGUCCUGGAGCCCGAAGGACAAGUUCAGCUACAUCGGCCUCUCGCAGAACAACCUGCGGGUGCACUACAAAGGUCAUGGUAAAACUCCCAAAGAUGCAGCAUCUGUUCGAGCCACGCAUCCGAUACCAGCAGCCUGUGGGAUUUAUUAUUUUGAAGUAAAAAUUGUCAGUAAGGGAAGAGAUGGCUACAUGGGAAUUGGUCUUUCUGCUCAAGGUGUGAACAUGAAUAGACUACCAGGUUGGGAUAAGCAUUCAUAUGGUUACCAUGGGGAUGAUGGACAUUCAUUUUGUUCUUCUGGAACUGGACAACCCUAUGGACCAACUUUUACAACUGGUGAUGUCAUUGGCUGUUGUGUUAAUCUUAUCAACAAUACCUGCUUUUACACGAAGAAUGGACAUAGUUUAGGUAUUGCUUUCACUGACUUACCGCCAAAUUUGUAUCCUACUGUUGGGCUUCAGACACCAGGAGAAGUGGUUGAUGCCAACUUUGGGCAACAUCCUUUUGUGUUUGAUAUAGAAGACUACAUGCGAGAAUGGAGAACCAAGAUACAGGCCCAGAUAGACCGGUUUCCCAUUGGGGAUCGAGAAGGAGAGUGGCAGACCAUGAUACAAAAAAUGGUUUCAUCGUAUUUAGUCCACCACGGGUACUGUGCCACAGCAGAGGCCUUUGCCAGAUCUACAGACCAGACUGUUCUAGAAGAAUUAGCUUCCAUUAAGAAUAGACAAAGAAUUCAGAAGUUGGUGUUAGCGGGACGCAUGGGAGAAGCCAUUGAAACAACACAACAGCUAUACCCAAGUUUACUUGAAAGAAAUCCUAAUCUCCUUUUCACAUUAAAAGUUCGUCAGUUUAUAGAAAUGGUGAAUGGUACAGAUAGUGAAGUGCGGUGUUUGGGAGGCCGAAGUCCAAAAUCUCAAGACAGUUACCCCGUCAGUCCUCGGCCUUUUAGUAGCCCAAGUAUGAGUCCCAGCCACGGAAUGAGCAUCCACAGUUUAGCGCCAGGCAAAAGCAGUACUGCACAUUUUUCUGGUUUUGAAAGUUGUAGCAAUGGUGUAAUAUCAAAUAAAGCACAUCAAUCAUAUUGCCAUAGUAAACAUCAGUUAUCCAGCUUGAAUGUACCAGAACUAAACAGUAUCAAUGUGUCAAGGUCACAGCAAGUUAAUAACUUCACCAGUAAUGAUGUAGACAUGGAAACAGAUCACUACUCCAAUGGAGUUGGAGAAACUUCAUCCAAUGGUUUCCUAAAUGGUAGCUCUAAACAUGACCACGAAAUGGAAGAUUGUGACACCGAAAUGGAAGUUGACUCCAGUCAGUUAAGACGCCAGCUGUGUGGAGGAAGUCAGGCUGCCAUAGAAAGAAUGAUUCAUUUUGGCCGAGAGCUACAAGUCAUGAGUGAGCAGCUGAGGAGAGAAUGUGGCAAGAACACAACAAACAAGAAAAUGCUGAAGGACGCGUUUAGUUUACUAGCGUACUCAGAUCCUUGGAAUAGUCCAGUUGGAAAUCAGCUUGAUCCAAUUCAGAGAGAACCUGUGUGCUCAGCUCUUAACAGUGCAAUACUAGAAACCCACAAUCUGCCAAAGCAACCUCCACUUGCCCUAGCAAUGGGACAGGCCACACAAUGUUUAGGACUGAUGGCUCGAUCAGGAAUUGGAUCCUGUGCAUUUGCCACAGUGGAAGACUACCUACAUUAGCUAUGCACUUCAGGAGCUCACACUUCAUUGUGGCAAAUAGUCAACAUGGAAGUAGACCGGCUCUGCUGAUUUGAAAUUUAGAUUUUUUUAAUUAUGUACUGGGGACAGGUUUUUGUCGCUUUACAUUGCUUCCUAGUUUACAGCAUGAUGCAAAUGAUUUUCUAACUUAGUGUUAGGAGAAAAUAUUUUCCAUCUUUUAACCUCUUAGUUGUCUAAGAGUUAAAAUAUUACUGAAUUUCAGACGUUCAAAUUGAUCAUCAGAAAUCCUUUAAAACAAUUACCUAAAAGAAACCAAAAGUCCUGCCUUCUUUGUUGGGGGGAGAAGGGGGGAAGGAAAUGGAACAAGUUGUGUUUGUGUUAGCAUGUGGGUGAUGUAAACUACAAAUUGGGAGCUGUUCCGACCCCCGC